AUGGAGUUUGUUGACCUGGAGCCUGCUGUGGCCCCAGAGCCAUUAGUUACUCCUGACCCUGCAUUAGAGCAUGACCCUGUUCAUGACGAUGCACCCGCUGUUGCUACUUUUGUUGGUGAGGUACCCAUUUUCGAUCAUCUUGUUGCUGCUCCAUCGUUGAUGGAUGAUCAUGUUGCUGACGCUCCUGUUGACGCUCCACUCUUGAUGGAGGAUCGUGUUGUUGCACCAUUCCCAGAUCCCAUGCCGGUGAUGUUCGAUUGUGCACCAUUUGCUACCCAUAUAGAUCCACGUUACGCCGACACCCGUAACGGGUGGAUCGAUGACGAUGACGAUUACCCACCUUUUAUGCGACCUGUUACACCACCAGUAGCCCCUGUUUCAGCCCCCGUUUCAGCACCCAUUUCUGCACCCACUGAUAUCCCACUAUUUCCCCCACACAUCACAGACACACAUCGCACUGAUCUUCCUGUUACAUUCCUUUAG